AUGUUUCCCAUCCUGCGUGCAGCCAUAAGAACGCGGCCUGUGAUGGCGGAACCCCAGGAUUUCAAGAGGGCUAGCUACCUCCGAGGUAUGCUCCUCCGGCAUACCGAGGACGUCAGUGAAGAGUUCAUUGGUGUGGCUCUCGGUGGGCGGGCAAUCGCCACACUCACAAAUGUCGGGUUUUUCAGUAUCGGAAUUCUUCCUGUGUUGGUGGGCGGGGGAUUAAAAGGUUAUUCGAUGCAGCGUAUUGGACUCAAAAAGUCUCAAUCUCUACGCCGAGUGGAAAUCAAUAAAUUGACGUGUAAAAUGUCCCAUUUACGUCCCCUUUACUGCGGUUUCUCAAUCGCCGAGUUUAAUAUUCUCUCCCUCCUCUCCCCCUACCUUGGUCAUCUGGAUCCCCUCGACCACCUCCUCACCUCCCUCCAGCUCACGCUCCAGCCCAACAGCCCCCCCAAACCCCUGCACGACCUCCUUCCGCAGCUCCUCGUCGGCCUCGGUCUCACCUCGACCCUCCUCCUCCUCCUCAUCAUGCGCCGCUUCUUUGCCCGCGUCGCCGGCGGCGGCGCCACGCCCAUCAUCUCCGGCGACGCCUCCCCGGACCCCAACCGCACCUCCGACACCAUCACAAUCAAGCACGGCAAGGACGAGUUCACGCUCACGUACGCCGCCACCGCCAUCACGGGCGGCACCCUCACGGUCGGCGACCUCCGCACCGACUGCAGCAACCACAUCACCGCAGAUCCAACGCGCAUCUCGCUCCUCUGCGCCGGAAAGAACCUCAAAGACGACGCGGCAACGCUCGCCUCGCUCGGCAUCUCCACCGCCGCGAAGAUCCUCUGCAUGGGCUCCUCCGCGCCCAUCCCCGCCGCUGCCGCCACCGAGGCAGACUCGGGCACCGCGGAAAAGUCGAAGAAGAAGAAGAAGAAGUCGGGCGCCAAGGCCCGCGGCGGCAGCGGCGCGGUGACGCCGGAGGUGCAGAAGGUCGUGGUGCUGACGCCCAUGCAGAAGAUUGAUGCCGUGUGGGACGGCAUCGUGGCGAACCUGCUGCCGCUCACGGAGGACUUUGUGAAUAGCCCGCCGGCGGACGCGGCGAAGCGCGCGGACAUGCAUCGGCGGCUGUCGGAGACGAUGAUGGGCGAGCUGCUGAAGCUCGACUCGGUGGAGAGUAGUGAGCCAGAGGUGAGGGCGCGCAGGAAGGGCGUUGUUAAGGAUAUUCAGAGGGUGCUGGAUGGGCUGGAUAGGGUGCCGAAGGCGCAGGGCGAGGUGGGGGAUUUUGAUCUGGAUUAG